AUGGCACCAGAAGUCACUGACAAUCGUACUAAUCAAAUACAUCCAUGUUAUGAAAUAGAUAAGGUCUCUAACACACUGAUACACACCCACUCUGCAAUAUGUGUUUUUUUAAACAUUUUCCUUGGCUCAUUAUGUGUUGUAAUUGUUUGUGGAAACCUUCUUGUAAUAAUCUCCAUCACUUACUUCAAACAGCUCCACACUCCUACAAACUAUCUUAUUCUCUCUCUGGCUGUGGCUGACCUGCUUGUUGGUGUUCUAGUCUUACCUAUCAGCAUGGAAUUCACUGUAAGUUCUUGUCUGUAUUAUGAACCUUUAUUUUGCAAAAUGCAUGUCUACUUUGAUGUAACACUGAGCACAGCUUCCAUUUUGAAUUUAUGUUGUAUUUCUAUUGACAGAUAUUAUGCAGUGUGUCAGCCUCUGACAUAUAGAACUGAGAUAAAUGCUCACAGUGCUGCAGUCAUGAUCCUGGUAACAUGGAGUGUUUCAGUUCUGCUUGCCACUGGCUUUUUAGUUGCAGAAUUAAACCAUGAAAAAUGUGGAGAAAUGUGUUUUAUCGAGGUUCAACUUGCAAAUAUUUUGGGACCUAUUUUCUCAUUUUACCUUCCAAUGAUCAUAAUGCUCUGUAUCUACCUAAAGAUUUUCCUUGUGGCACAGAGUCAGGCUCGCAGCAUCCACAACACAAACUGUCAGAGCACAAAGUCUGGAGCAACUGUCAGUAAGAUGGAGAGAAAGGCCACCAAAACUCUGGCUACUGUUAUGGGAGUUUUUCUGAUGUGUUGGCUUCCUUUCUUCCUCUGUUAUACCUUUCAGCUUUUGAAUCAUGUGUCAGUGCCAGUUGCAGUGUUUGAAAUUCUUAUUUGCCUUGCAAUGUUGAAUUCAAUUCUCAAUCCCUUUAUUUAUGCCUUAUUUUACAGCUGGUUCAGAUCAGCUUUCAGAAUGAUCAUAUCAGGAAAAAUAUUUCAGGGUGAUUUUUCUAACACAAAACUGUCCUGACUUAUUGUUUGGUGUGCUCUAACAGCCUACUGACUUGCAAAUAUUACCAACACUGGCACCACACACAGCUGUGACAGUGUUGAUGUGUUGGAUGAUAUCUG